GAGCCCGCCCCAGUGCCCGCCGCUGCUGCACCAUGCCGGGGCUCCGUGCCCUGCCGGGACUCCCUGCGCUGCCGGCGCUCCGUGCCUCACCGCCCGCCUUCCUGCUGCUGUUGGCUUUGCUGUUCGGCCGGGGCAGCCCCGCGGUGCCGGGCGCCGGGCAGGAGCUGCAGCCCGGCAGCCGCUCGGCCGUGGAGGCGGCCGGGGUGGCCCUGCAGUACCGCAACUUCCAGGGGGGAUCGCCCAGCGGGCUCCGGGUGCUCGGGCACGUCCGCAAGGCUACGGUGAAGAACAUCCCAGAGUCUGGCCACAAGUACUACCUGCAGUUCAGCACUGAGGAUUACAGGACUGGGGAAGAUGCUGGGAACUGCCUGGCCACAGUGCUGUAUCCAAAGAAAAAAUCUCCUCCUGUUGUCAGCAUCACGUGCUCCCACACCAAAGACCAGAAGGAAAUCCAGGAGGAGGACAACAGACUUUACCAAAAGAUCAGGCACCAAAGCAAACCAAUAACUGCAAACAACAUUCCAGACAGCUAUGGCAACAUUGAGCCUGCCCUGGAGCCAGUGUGGGCUCUGGCUGUGGCUGGCAGCUCCUCCAUCAUGUGGCAGAGAUCCACAGAGAGCCUGGGAUACAACCUGGCCCAAGUGAAGUCUGUGAGGCAGUGGAUCAGGAAAGAUGAUUUUGUGGAGUUUGACUACACUGUGCUACUGCAUGAAUUGCCCAGCCAGGAAAUCAUUCCCUGUGAGCUGCGCCUGACCUGGCUCCCUGGGCGCCCCCUGAAGGUGAAACACUCCUGUGCUGCCAGGAGCCACGGCGGGGAUGAUGGCUCUGGGGCAGAGUCUGGAUCAGCUGCUGGGCCUGCAGGUGAAAAAGGAGCAUUUUUCCAGUGAAAUCCUCAGUUUUGUGGAAAUCCAAGCAGCAAAUCCUGGAGCUGGGAUCGUCCUUCCCUGCAAGUCAGUGAAUGGGAGUGGUGUCACUGAUGUGUUCUGUGCCAAAAUUCAUUCCUGUCACUUCUCCAACUGCCACAUUCAACUUCUGCAGCUCUGCCUCAGCCCUCUGCUACUCCAUGUAUGCACAGAUGAACAUACAGCAGUUGAUUUGUGUCACUGAUUAACUGUUACUGAAGAGUUUGUAAACAAAAUUAAUAUAUUUGGAUAAAAAUCAUGAGCAAAGUGUUAAUCUGUCACUGAGAAAGAUCUGCCUGCUAUUUUUUUUGUCAUGUUUUGGGCUAGAAUCCUGCUGAUUUUUAACUCACAUCUCCAAUAAACCAAAUGCCAUCA